GAGGCAGGGGUAUAUUAAGAUAUGGGCAGAGAAAAAAGAAAGAUAGGGAAGUAUGCCAUGGAGCCUUAUGAAAGCAAGGACAAGAUGGAGGUUUGGAUGGAGUCACAAGUAAUGAGUGGAAUAAGGCAUUUGUUUCAAAUAUCUGUCUACAUAAUUAUUUCUUUUCUAUUUCCCCUUAGAAUAAAUGAAUGCCAAAGUAGCAUGCAUUCCCAUGACAUUCCAAAUGCUGUCCUGUAAGUAGAUCAAAGUUUGACCACCAUUCUUUUCCUCUACUCAGAAAAAUAGCUGCCCAAAGCAAUGCCAGAUGGUGCUGAUUUUGAAAUGACACCAUGCCUUUCCAUGGCACUAUGAUGAAGUACCCUAAAAUUAGCCUUCUUACUAUUUUGUCAAGAUUGCAUGCAGGGAAGCAGGCAGCCCACAGUGAAGAUAGCAAAGAGGCACCGGAGAGGAAAGACCUGGGACACUCGCACACACAGGCAGGUCACGCCACUUUACGCCAGGGCAACAUAUUCGGCAACCAAAGCCAUGCUCCUCAGUUGAUCUUGAGCAGUGGAAAACUGCAUGCAAGACAAUACUUCAGAAGCUUCCACUUCAAUAACUCAACUGCUGAGAGAGAGCUAUCUUGCUGAAAACAGCCAUCAAGGGAAUAGUGAAAGGAGUAGAUCAGAACCAUCUCCACAUUCUUUCCAUUGUGGUGAUACUUCUGGGACUUCAGACGAGGUGCCUGGACAAGAUGAACUUCCUGAUCUCUCUGCUUUUUUGAGCCAAGAAGAGUUGGAUCAAAGUGUGAAUCUGGCUAGGCAAGCCAUCUCUCAAGAUCCCCUUGAGAGCAAGCCAGACGAACAGAUUCAUGUGUUUUAUCCCUCUGAGUUGAAAAACUCUGGAAAUACAGUUUCUAAUAAACCACAAUUCCAGCCUGCAUCUUCACCAACUUUGGACAGCAGUCUAAAGAAACAGCCACUUGGUUCAGAAGCUGAAUCCAAAAAGGAAUUUCUCAACAAGGCUGCUGAUUUUAUUGAGGAGCUAUCUUCACUUUUCAAAGCACACAAUUCCAAAAGAAUCAGACCUAGGACAUGCAAAAACUACAAAAGCAAACUUGAAUCUAAAAAUAAGGCUGCCCAAGAAAGCAGUUGUGUUUUUUCAAAUCUAUCUGAAAGUCGAGAAAGGCCUUGUGUUCCAGUACCUCAAGAUUUAGAUAAAACUGAGCACACACUCGAACACCCAGAUAACCUUCAGCAGACAGACUUGGAAGCUGUAAAUGCAUUAGAAAUUUCAGGUUUAACUACAGAUUCAUCAGCUGCAUCUUUUGAUUCUGAGGAGCCUAUAGGCCAGCCACCACAUUUUACUCAAAAACUGAAGAGCAGGGAGGUCCCUGAAGGAACCAAAGUGCAAUUGGACUGUAUUGUGGUAGGAAUUCCAACACCUGAAAUCAGGUGGUACUGUGAAGGAAAGGAGCUUGAAAACUCACCAGAUAUUCAGAUCACCCAGUCAGGAGACCUGCAUUCAUUGAUCAUCGUUGACGCUUUUGAAGAAGACACAGGGCGUUACUCCUGCUUUGCUUCUAAUAUCUAUGGGACAGACUCCACUUCUGCGGAGAUUUAUGUAGAGGGAGCCUCAUCUUCUGAAUCUGAAACUGACACCAGUAAAGAAGAAAUGGAUCAAUAUCAAAACCACACAAAGAUCUCUUCAGUUGUGCCACCACCUCCUGUUAAUACUACUAUCACCCAUCAAGAAUCACCCAAACCACAACCAUCAAUGAUACAUCCUGUGUCAAUACCUGUCCUCCACAGUCAAAGUCCCACUAAUUAUUUACAAGGAUUAGAUGGAAGACCCAUAAUAGCUGCUCCUGUGUUCACUAAGAUGUUACAGAACAUAUCUGCCUCUGAGGGUCAGCUGGUUGUGUUUGAAUGCCGUGUAAAAGGAGCGCCUUCUCCAAAGGUUGAGUGGUACCGAGAAGGCACGUUAAUAGAAGAUUCUCCAGACUUCCGAAUAUUACAGAAAAAACCUCGUUCUAUGUCUGAGCCAGAGGAAAUUUGCACGUUGGUCAUCGCUGAGGUAUUUUCUGAGGAUUCUGGGAGUUUCACAUGUACUGCAAGCAAUAAAUAUGGAACAGUCUCCAGCUCAGCUCAUCUAGCUGUAAAGGGACCUGAGGACCAGAACAAUAAUGCUGCUCUUCACAGUGUAAGUUCCAUCAGUUUAGUUGCUACUGAGCAGCCACAUCCAUCACUUGUCCCUUCCCUCCCAUUGGUGGAUCAACUACCAAAACCUAAAUUGGAAGGAGUUCUUAUUAAUCACAAUGAACCACGGUCAAGUUCAAAGGCUGGUCUUCAUGUGCACUUUAAAUUACCAGAAGAUGAUAAAGGAAGUGAAGCAUCAUCAGAAGAUGGCGGAGGGCCUGGAAAUCAAAUCAGACCAAACAGCUUCUCAGACAAGAUGAAUGGACAGAUAUUUAAAAUUCAAGAGCCAACUUCCCCUUCAAAGGAGCCACCUCCUGUGCUGGCUAAACCAAAGCUGGAUCCUACCCAGCUAAAACAGCUGCACAACCAGGUCAUGCUGGAGCAGCAGCAAAUUCAGCAGCCAUCUCCCCCACCUCCACGAGAGACAUCAUUCAGUUUUGCCACAAUGAACUCUUCUACUUUGCCUAACCAACAGCAGCAGCCACCUCCACCUUCAUCAACAACAUACAAGCAGAACAAAGCUCUUCCGACACAGACAUUCAGUUACACCCGGCCUAAACAAUUCCUGGCAUCUCAGAAUGCCCUUGCAGCAGUCAGCUCCCCUUCUAGCUCCCCAAUGCCUUCUUUUGCUAAUGUACCUCAAGGAACCCAGAGGACAACCAACAAGGAAAACUUCUUAGGAUCUCCUCCACCAUCCCAGACAAUGUCUCCAGGAGGGCUGGUGAUCCAAACUGAGCAGCCUCUUGCAAGUCCCAAAGAACCUGUGUUGCCACCACUGUUGCUUUCUGUUUCCAGCAUGACUCAAUUCCAACCCCAAAAUGUGCCUCCUACACCUCUGUCUCCAACUGGUCGGAUUCAGAACCCAGUAGCCUUCCUCAGUGCUGUCCUUCCUUCACUUCCUUCCACACCCCCAACGAAUGCCAUGGGUCUACCUAAAAGUGCACCAGCUGUAGGAAAUCAGGGAACAGUGAAGAAAAAUCCCAGGACUUCCCAGUUGGCAACAGAGGAUUCGAUUAGAGAUCACAAAGCGGCUGUUGUAAAAGACUUGGAGAAAAGACUGCACUUACGGGAUGAUAUAUUUCCACAAAGCCAGCAGAGAACAACUUAUGAUGAAAAUCUGGCUCGCAAGCUUCAGGGACCAAGCAAUGAUACCCCAGCCUUCAACUUUACAGCUCAGGAUGUAUCCAAGGAAUACAAAAUUUCCAGCUUUGAGCAGAGGUUGAUGAAUGAAAUAGAGUUUCGACUUGAACGUACCCCAGUGGAUGAAUCAGAUGAUGAAAUCCAGCAUGAUGAGAUCCCUACAGGCAAGUGCAUUGCUCCAAUCUUUGACAAGAGACUCAAGCAUUUCCGUGUCUUGGAAGGCUAUCCUGCUACCUUCACGUGCAAAAUUGUUGGAAUUCCUGUACCCAAGGUAUAUUGGUUUAAGGAUGGCAAGCAAAUUUCAAAGAAAAAUGAACAUUUCAAGAUGAGCAGAGAAGGUGAUGGGACUUGCUCUUUAUACAUUGAAUCUACUACAAAUGAUGAUGAUGGCAACUACACAAUAAUGGCUGCAAAUCCACAGGGAAGAAUCAGCUGCUCUGGUCACUUGAUGGUUCAGACUCCACCAUUGCGUAGUAGACUAACAGCAGCUGUCCAGACUCACAGGGGACGGUCCCGCGUACCUGAAGGAGAUAAGGAGCCCCUACAGGAGCGCUUUUUCCGGCCCUAUUUUCUGCAGGCACCUGGGGACAUGGUUGCUCAUGAGGGACGGCUUUGUAGACUAGACUGCAAGGUGAGUGGCUUACCACCUCCGGAACUGAUGUGGCUUCGGAAUGGCAAGCCCGUAUUACCAGAUGCCACUCACAAGAUGCUGGUCAGAGAGACUGGAGUCCACUCAUUACUAAUUGACCCUCUCACACAGAAUGAUGCUGGGACUUACACUUGCAUUGCCACCAACAAGACGGGGCAAAAUUCAUUCAGUCUGGAGCUUAGUGUUGUAGCAAAGGAAGUUAAAAAGGCUCCAGUGAUAUUGGAGAAGUUACAGAACUGUGGAAUACCAGAAGGCCAUCCAGUCCGACUAGAAUGCAGAGUGAUUGGAAUGCCACCUCCUGUAUUUUACUGGAAGAAAGACAACGAAACCAUCCCUCCCUACAGAGAAAGGAUGAGCAUGCAUCAAGACGCUACAGGCUAUGUUUGCCUUCUGAUUCAGCCUGCUAAAAAAGUGGAUGCUGGUUGGUACACCUUGUCUGCAAAAAAUGAAGCUGGUAUUGUCUCCUGCACUGCUAGACUGGAUAUAUAUGCUCAAUGGCAUCAGCAGAUUCCUCAGCCGAUAAAGAUUCGCCCUGGUGGCACCCGAUACGGAAGUCUCAGCGGACAAGGACUUGACAUUUUUUCUGCUUUUUCUGCUGUUGAGAAUCCAGUGAAGUUUUCAUCACCAUCCCAGCCUGUGGUAGAAAGUGAAGAACUUUAAAAAAGACAAAAGAAACUCACCUCUAAUUCCAAUCCUACCUGCAAAAAAGGAAGCAAUGCUAGAACUGUGAAAAAGAAGGGAAAGUACAAGCCAGGAGACUCAAGGUUUACAAGUAACGUGAAUUUGUAAAGUAACUAUAAAGUUGCUGAAAUGCCUAUGAGUAGCAUUCAAGACCUUAGUUCAGCCUCCUGCUGUGGAGCUGUGUUGUUUUUCCCAAGUGUUAUGAAAGAAAGUGAUCUAGUUUCGAAAGGUUAAGAGAAAAUGUUGUACCACUUAGCGCUUCAGUUUAAAAGCUACUGCACCACCUUGAACAGGCAAUGGUAUGAAUUUCAGGUGUUCAGCUGUAGUACCAGCAGAAGUACUGACACUGUGAUAACUGGAAAGAAAGCAAAUCAUGUGACUUUGAAUAUAAUCUCUAAAAAGUGACUGAUAGUCAGCACUAAUCAAAGGCAAGAAAAAUGCUGAAGGAUCUGUUGAAUAGAAGUAGAUAUAAUAAACGACCUGACAAACCUGAAGUUAGAUUAGCAUAACAUUUCAAAUAGAAACUGCUAUACAGUAGAACUUUUAAAAGUGUGAAUUUGUUUCAUGAAAUGCAUACUCACGGUGUACUCAAUCCUGUUGUAAAACACCGUGCAUAUAUUUUGGACAUAAACACGUGCAAUUGAGGCUGCAUUCCUAUGCUUACUUUCCUGGUAGUAAGCCUCAUUGAACUCAGUGGGACUUUCUUCUGAGUAGACAUGCAUAGGAUUGUGAUGUAAACAAUUUUUAGCCCACAAAAAACAUAUUAUGUAGGCAUCACAGUUAUCAUUGCUAUACUGUAUACAUUUUUGAAGUGUGCUUUCUUGUUCUUUUUCCAUUUUAGGAAUUCGUUAUUUUGAACCAACAAAUAGCAUAUAUGUUAUUUUUGUUUUAUGGGGUUUAGGAUAUUAAUACCUUCCUCAGCCAGGGUUUUUGACCUGAUUAAUAUACAGCACUCAAAAUGGGGCAUGAUGCCAUCCUUUUUUCAGAUGGAUAUGUAACCAUGCCACCUUUCCAUAAAUGAAUCCCACUUCCCUCAAACUCAUCCUAGUUGUCUUUCCUCCCAGUCUGAAAUCCUUCACUUCAAAAUCCCUCAUUUUUCCCUCCCAUUUAUGGCAUUGAUUGUGUGUGUGUGUGUGUGCACGCACGCACACACACACAUAUACAGAAAGAGAGAGAGAGCACACGCAUGCAUACUUUAAAGUAAUUAGUUAAACACAAUUAGUUGCCUUAAUUUUUUUGUGCAAUAACUAAGCGAUAGGUAAGCUGCAUUACAAAUGUAAUGAGGGAUAAUGUCACUCCUUUUUUGGUAUAAAUGUAACUUUUGAUAGUUGCAGGGUCUAGUAGAGGAGGAAUAUCACAUGAUUUGAGCAAUGGUUCAUGGUAUGCUUCAUGCUGCUGCCUCAGGCUCUUUUGUGGGAGUUGUGGUGGUGAAGAGAUGGAUGGGACAGGAGAAAAGUGUAUUUUGUACUACAGGUCACAGGCUUGUAAUAGUCAGAUUUUUUUAAGGAACUAAAAAAAUGAAGUUCCUUCUGAGGAAUGGGAAAAUAAAGAACUACUAGGAAGAUUAGAACUAUAACGGUAACUAACUAGCUUUUGAAAGCCUUGAAACUAGAAUUGUAAUAAACUACAUUUUAAAGUAACUUUUAUAUGUUGGUAUACACUGAGGAGGUACUAAACAAAAAGGAAUUGUAGCCCUGUGCAAUCAAAUAUAUUUUAGCUUCAUUUGGAUACUGUUUAAAUUUUGGAUACUACAUUCACAAUUCUAGGACAAGGCUUUAGCAUGUGGUUAAAGAGCAAAGAAAUGUUAUUAAUCAGUGGUAAAAUGAAGUUAAGGAAAGGUAUUUUGGGGGGAAGAAUUUUACUAAUGCAUCACUUAACCAAUUUUACAGUAUUUUUAUUUUAUACCGUAUUGUAAAUGGGGGGCAGCCCUUCAAGUGUCAGCGAACUACAAAUUCUAUUAACUGUAUUGACUUGGAUCCAUGAGAACUGAAGUCCAACAACAUCUGGAGGCACACAAGUUGCCUGUUCCUGGUAUUAUCUCCAUGGCCAAAAGGCUUAUUUCAUCCCACCCCGCCCGUAUUCUGCCAUCGUCCUGUUCAGACAACACACAGCCCAAACCCUCGUUCUGAUGGAGGCAAUCCAGAUGAUGUCCCACACAUCUCACGCCAGAACUGGGACAUAACAAGGUUAAAAUGAAUUAAAAUAACUUACCUGUUGCUCCAGGUCUUCCAGGAAAACCCAGAGCCCUCCAUUUCUGCCUGAGCAUCCCACUGGACCAUCUGGCACAUCCACUGCCAAUGUGGGUCACUUGUUCUGAGUGUCCAUCACUGGGCACCUUAUUCUGACCUCAGAACAAGUGACUCACAGAAGUGACUGACACACUAGGUGACCCAGUGAGACACUUGUGCAGACAGCUGUAGCAGCACAGAAAUAGUGGCCAAGGGCAGGGCAGGGCAGCUGUAGGGCCCGGAUAAUUCAGGCUGCCCACAGAGUAUCCUGACCAGUACAGACAAGGCCCCUGUGCAAAAUUACCCAUACCUUUUCUAAAACAACUUUCCCUUGAGAAUAUGAUGUUUGUUUCUAUUUAAACUACUGGCCAGUUGUGUUAUCCUGAUUUCAUUACCAGGGAAUUAACAUGCAAUUCUCAGAUCUUCUAAAGACCUCCAUAAAACACAAAAAUAAUAUCACUCUUAAGUAGUAUUAGCAUAAGACUGUCUGUUGCCGGUGUAAUCUGUGUCAAAUCCCAGCCCUUUCCCUAUGUACGAUAAUUAAUUGUAAACUGAAACCAGGACCUGAAGAAUCUCUGCUUUUGCUCUAGUGCUAAACGCCAACCCUCAUCUCCAAAUCCAACAGCAUUAAUCAUAGCUAUCAAGAGAGGGAAUGAAGAACUGAGCUCUUGGUAAGUCCAUUGGUGAUCCAGUGAUUCUGCAUUGUCCAACUGUAAGUGCAUGGGAAUUUCUUUGGGUGAGAGAAGAAAGAAGACUCUGGGAAGACUUUGUAGGAGGAGUGAGUUUUAAAGGGAGAAUACAAACGAGAGGCACACAGUUCAUUGAGGCAGAAUGAGGUUCCUGAUGUCACGUGACUCAAAGACUUUCUUCAGUUGUUUCUGGCUGUGUCCUUCCACCAAUGGAAUAGUUACCCCCUGGCAGAUCAGAUUUCUUCUCAUAUAUCUCUUGCCUGUCUACUUGGGAGAUUUGAGGGAUCCUUCAGAGCAGAUUGAUAGGGGCAAGGAGAGGAGGGAAGGAGAAGGAUGAAAACUUCAUAACCAGACAACUGUCUGCUUGCAUUACACUGAAGGCAGCUCAUUACUAAUUAAUAAUAUGCAGUCUAAUCUCAAGAAAAUCAGAAUACAAUGGAAAGAAAAAUUACCGAAGGCUAGAGUCUAGACAAUUUAAAUGCACAGUUACCAUGGCAGCUGUCUGCUGUCACCUGUACUUCAGUUCUGUCACCUCUACUACAGCCAGAUUCCCAUCCACCCCCUUUUAAACAAAAAGUUAUUUGUUAGUCCUGAUUAGAACAGACUCAUUGAAUCAUUGCGAUUUACCUACAUGUUGACUCACCAUUCGACACUUAUGACUGCAUGGGAAUAAUCUAGUUGUAACUAAACAGCAGGGUUCCAGCUUUAGACUAUUUAUUUGAAAUUAAAUUAUUACUCUUGACUGUCCUUGAUAUACUAUUACACACAAAUGUUACUGUAUCCUUGUUGCUGUGAAAACUGUUGUACACAAAUGUAUAAGAUGUGUGAAGCCUGCUUUUUUUAAAAACCGGGGAAUGUUGUGGUCAGCUCUGUCAACAACAGAGACCACUGAGAAGAUCAGUUUGAUCACUGAGUACAUGUGUUACAAUGAAUGCCCACAACUUUGAUCAAACCUGACAUUCAUAAACAUUCAUAUAUAAACUGCAGUUGUGGUAAUACAUGUUGAAGAAGUGCAGUUACUCACUGGGAAACUCUUUAUAGCCAUGUCCUCAGGGAUAGUCAAAAAAUGCAGGGAGCUAUGGUGAUCCAUAUCAACAAACAGAAGAUGUAAGUCUGUUGUAAAGUUAACGGGUAAUAUUUUCCCAUUCAGGAUGAAAGUGGCUGCAGAUACUUGCAUGUCAACAGAGGUAGCUCUCACUAAAUUGCUGCUGAGAAAAUCCAUUUUUACUUCAGCUACUGUAAGGGCUGCAGCUAAGGUCAGAGGAAACAGAUACCUGGAGGAGACUGCAGGUAACAUUAUUGUUUCCACUAACUGAAAAGUUCUGGAUCCACUCUGUAACAGAUAAAUGCACCAGAUAAAAUGUAAUUAUGCUUGAAGAGUCAAAUUAAUAAUCACUUAAAUGUAAUUGCCCUCAACCACUGAAGGGUAAAUUUUUGGGGGGAAUUCUCAGUACAGUAUUCACUUGCGUUAUGUCAACAUUCAGCUUAUUUUGGACAUUCGCUAUAUUAAUGAUCCAUUUAAAUACAGAACAUUUCAGUUGAUCCAGUUUAAUCAUCAUGAUUGACUUGCUUGUUUGUGCCAAAUUUCAAAAGGAUAGAAUUUUAUUGUUAACAAAAUGAUUCAAUUAUCUUAUAAGUCUUUACUUAGGAUUUGAUAAGACUUGCUGAACACACAUAUUAAGUACAUAUUCAGUUCAAAUAUAAUACCCCUAAAAUGAAUGUGUAAAAUCCAUUUUUAUCCAUCUAACAGAAUAGAUUUCCUCUCCUCACUGCAGCUCCUUAUAACCCCCAGCUUUUUUGGAGGGCUGCUUCCCCAGAACAGAUUGGGGACGUGUAAGGAGCUGCAGUGGGGAGGAAACCAGAUGUAUGAGCAGAAGUCCAAUAUAACCCACACAUAUAUUACCUUCUGUUAUUUAUUGUGUGUUUCCUAAGGUGGCAAAAGAACUAAGCUAAUUAGACAAUGCAUUAAAAAAUAGAAUAUUGUAUAUGAGAACACAGAGAAGUCAGAAGCCCUGGUUUGAGAGUGUUUCUUACACAGCCGUCCAAAUCUUAGCUCUUCUAUUCCAGCAAAAGGAUGGCAUUGGCAAUACUUACUAUUAUGGUAGCACAAGCACCAGAACAGCACAUCUUGGAUGUGUGGCAGAAAUAUUAAUGAAUCUUUUUCACGUCACCAACACAGAGUCCCUGCUUGGUGUUUUUUCUGCAAAAGCCAAAAUGAACAUAGCAAACAAUUUGGGCACUGACAUCCCUGUAUUUCUGAACUGAAAACUCUUGUUUAAACAAAGGUUAACUGAUCAAUUGCCUGCCUCAAAAUACAAUUUAAAGAAGUGCAAUGUAUAGUACAAAUCAUUAAUUUUUUGGAAAGAAACGCACUAAUUUGGCAGUUUUCAAACGCAAAUGUCUAAAAAAAGAUAUCUCAUACCUUCUAUAAACAGUGACAGAAUUAACAACACGGAUACAUUAAUGAAAUGUUAUAUCUGUUAAAUGAAAUACUGUGCAGUCGAUGGCCUUAUAUUCUACAGUAUAAAGUUGAUAUUUUUCCAUUGAAUUUGAGGAUUUUUUUUAAAAAGUAAUGAUAUAUGAAGGUGCAUGCCUUCUUUAGGGGUCAGGGGGGUGGGGAUAAAUGGUACAAUGUUAAAGUAUAUAUUAAAUGCUAAGGGGAAAUGUCACACUGUUCAGCAAAUGUAUUUUCCCUUAUCCAUUAAAUAAAGCUUCAGAGUUGCAUUAUG